AUGUGCAAAACCCUUAUGAUAGAGGAUAUUUUGUCCAACAACUCAAAUGUCGAAAAUGCCAAAAAGCUGACGGAGGAAAACAUAGUCUUGAGCGAAAAACACCAGAGCUCUAAGAAAGCUUUGAAAAAGGUACUGGACAACGUCGAAUUUUGGAAAUACCGUUACGGGUCAUAUUUCGACGAAUCCUAUGAAGGGAACGAUAAAGCCGAAAUAUUGAAGUUAAUAAUGUCAACGUUCAAUCUAUUGAUUAGUAACGGAUAUAUGUGCUAUUUUAAAUCAAUGGCCAAGGUACUGUCAAAAAACGCAAAGCUCUGGACGACGCCGACGCACAACCAAUCUGGAAUGCUCUUCGAUGUCAAUUUUCCGUUUGAUGAAAAUACAAAUUUAAAUACAAACAAUAAGCAGAAAAAUGAUGGGUUUAAGUCCUUGGAGUAUUAA